AUGAAGAGGGGCGGCGGCGGGGGUUUCGCGGGCGAGGUCGAUAAUUCAAGGCGCAUCCGGCGGCCGUCAACGGGUCCGAUGGGCAACAUCAGUGCGACGCCCGACACGGCAUCUCGACCUCCCCUGGCCCCCCUCCUCUCUCGCAUCGUCGUCUGUCGUCGUCCACCAGGACCCGGGAACGGCCGGGAAGCACACUUCACCGAUACCACCUCUAUCCAGCACCACCAACCACCGUCACGCGGAACUUGA